AUGUCAGUUUCUCAGGAACGUCCCGGCACUCCACCAACUGACUAUGGGCCGUCACUCACUCGGCCAACAUCCGACGAUGAAGAGGAUAAAGAAAACGAACUAACAACGGUUGAAGUGGUCAAUCCCGCUCACACGUCCGUGGAGAUCCAGCAAGUUGAGGAUGACAGUCGGAAAUCGCCUAUAUCGCCAAGAAUAGGAAAAAUUAUUUUAUCUUAUUGGAUAAUAUGUGUUUGUAUUAUCCCUAUUGCGUUGAUGGCUUCUCCUUUAAUCAUACCAAUUAUACUAUUAAAAGUGAUGGAUGGUGAAACAAAAGUUGUUAUAUAUAUUUGCUCGAGUAUUGAGGUUUUCUUCGGUCUACUUGUUAUAUGGACUACUUAUAAAGGAUAUUCUAGAAAAUUUACAAUACUGAACGUGAUUGGGAUAUUUGCAGGAAAAUAUUCUUAUGUCGUAAUAUCGACAUGGAUAUGUCCGAAAAUUCUCGUGUCUACCGAAUUUGUUCAAUGCAAAAACUUUCCUCGACUUAUGAUGACCAAAAGGUUGAGAUCCCUCAUCCAAGUGUACUUGUUGGUUGCUACCGCCGCUGCUUCUUUUUGGUACCGAUGUAAUUAUGCGUAUGCAAAAGAAUAUUCGAAACACGCUGCUUUGCUAUCCGCAUUUACGUUAGGCGCAUAUGUGAUCAAUAUUUCGGUACCAUCAUUUAUUGCAUUAUUACGCUGGCAUUAA